AUGCGUUUCAAUACUGUUCUCUUGCCCCUGGCAGCUUGCUCUGUUGCUGCGGAAUUAGCCAAUCGCAAUGGGGAAGAGUCUUUUACGGGCAGCUACAAAAGCUCGCUUACCAUCACCCACAUUACUACCGCCACCGCCAUCUUCAACAUAGAUGGGGUUAACUUUCUGACAGAUCCUACCUUUGCACCUGCUGGGACCAAAUGGGACAUUGGAAUAGCAAUCUUGACAAACACCGCAGGCCCAGCUCUAGAACUCAACCAGCUUCCUGUCAUUGAUGCCGUCCUACUCAGCCAUGAAGAUCAUCCUGAUAACCUCGACGAAGUAGGCCGUCGCCUUCUUGAUGGCCGAAGGGUCAUAACCACUCCCGACGGAACCCGCAAGCUCGCCCCUCGACCCGGCGUCCAAGCUAUAAAGCCCUGGGAAACCGUGCAGCUGACAGUCAACGGGAAGCAGUUCAGUAUAACCGGCACGCCAUGUGAGCACCUCCCAGGCGGAGAAGUGACAGGCUUCAUCGUGCGCACGGCCAACUUUGGCAAGACUAAUGGCUUGCCCAAUGCCAUUUACAUAUCCGGGGACACCAUUUACCUCGAAGAGCUCAAGAAGAUUCGCAAGAAGUUUCACAUAUUGGCUGCGGUACUCAACGUCGGAAAUGUGAGGAUUGCUGUGUCAGGUCCUCCCUUGCAGAUCACCAUGGACGGAAAGCAAGCAGCAAGGCUUUUCCGUGAGAUUGGUGCCGAUAUUCUGGUGCCGAUGCACUAUGAAUCCUGGGCUCACUUCACCGAGAAUGAGGACCAACUGAGAAAGGUCCUUGAGGAGGAGGGUGUUUCCGACAAAGUGCACUGGCUGGAGCCCGGAGUCCCAUCAAAGAUCUUUUAA